AAUGUAUAAAUAUUUGACUUUACGUCAGCAGUAAACAAAAACUGUCAUUGUUGUUUUAAUUGCUCAUUACUCUCGAACUUCUACAUCUCUAAAUUCAAUUUGAGGCGAAAUAUAAGAAAUUAUCCAGCGCAAAGGUUCCAUAAAUAUGCAGUUUAGGUUGUGAAAGUCACACAUUGUGAUUUUAGGGGCAGAAUGUGAGGAGUCAAGUGAUCCUUAUGCUUGCACGGCACUGUUUAUUUGGAGUUGAAAGGUUACCUAGCGACUCCCACACGCAGAUUGUCAUACGGACAAUCAUUCAAUUUCCAUAUUUUACUUCAAGGAAAAUAUGGCGACAGGAUUGCGAUGUUGGCCGUUAGCAUUCUGUAUAACGUUACUUCAUAUUAGAAGUACAUAUCCUAAGAUUGUAGAAGGGACAUUAAGCACCAAAGAGAACUGGGCAUUUUUAACAAGAUUUUGUUACAAAGAUUCAAUAGGAGAACUAAAAUAUCAUUUUGAAUAUCCUGAGGUUUAUGCUACACAGAAUAUUUUUCUGUACUUUGACACGCAAUGGCCAUUAGUGUAUCCGAAGCCAGACAUGGUAAGAAACCGUAUUCUUAGAUUUAACUUCUUUAUUUCACAUAUUUUAAUUCAAAAAUCCGAGCAUUUAUACGAUACGAACGAUUUUAUCAAUGUCCUCGCAUGCAUACUACUGAUCUGUGCAUGUUUCCUGAACAUAAACACACGGGGUUGCCUUCCCUUUACUUAAAAUGAAAGUCCAAGUUAUUACGUAUAAUGAGGAAAUUUGGCUCACCAGUGAUACUAGCGCCUUCUUAAGUACCAGUUUAUUAGAAAAUUGGAAGAAGUUAGGAACUGCAAGGAAAUAUAAUUCUUCUUAUUAAGGUUCAUUCGAAGAACGAGUUCACCUUAUGACUUGUUUUAAUAAUAAUAAUCGAGAAUCUAGCAACAAAAACACUUGCAUUACCCGUCGCUCAUAAGAUUGUCAAGCCUGGGCAGCCAUGAAUCGAAUACGCACUGGGCUGUCAUUUUAUUUGCUAAUACGGCGUGUUGAAAAUUGAUAUU